GGCUGCCGGGACACAGCACGCUGCUGGGGACCCAACUGCACCUUUCGUGGUUUCCCUGGGAUUCUGUGUUUGGCGCGUAUUCGACAAGAGGCAGAAGCGGAACCCUGACGGACCCUACUAUGGGAACAGCCCCAUCUGGGGAGCGCUGGGAACUGCCCUACUUGGGUUUGUGUUUGCCCUCGUGGUGACUAAUUUAUUGGUUCCAAGAAUUCCACUUCCAGCCAAAUUCGCUACGGACGCUGUGGGCGCGUUUCUGGCGACAGUUCUAGUGGGAUGCACUUCCAUAUUCGUCAAGUGA